AUGCUUGGAGCACCAAGCUCGAUAACUGUUGCCAAGCUCAUCAAAGCCUGCAGCACCGAGCAGUGGCCGAAAAUAUUGCAGCUUUUGCGGGAGCUUCAAGCCAGCCGGUUGAAGCAAGAUGUCGUUCCGUACAGCUCAGCAGUAACGAAGUUAUCCCGCAGCGAGUCUUGGCAAAAGGCUUUGCUGCUUCACAUGGACAUGCGACGCCAGCGGUUAGGUGACUUGGGAGCCUAUGCAGCCUUGUUGACUGCCUGCCGCGUUGGCGCUGCCUGGUGUGCAGCCUUGGCGCUGUUGCGGGAGCUUCGCUCUGCAGGCAUGCAGCCUGACACCGUCUGUUCAAACGCAGUGGUGUCAGCUCUGACCCGUGCAACACAGCUAUCGAAAGCACUGUUGGGGCAUCUUGCAUGGGAGACUGCAAACAUGAAUUCGAUUCUAAUGUCACUUCGCCACAUCCCAACGUCUUGGACCCAUGCCCUUCAUGUCUUGGAGCACAUGCAGAGACGGCGGAUUCCGGCAGAUGUGGGCACACUUAAGUCAGCUAUGAGUAUCUGUGGCAACAGCCGACCCGACCUGGUUCCCGGCCUGUCAAGGCAGCUGCAGGUCCAACCGGACACGGUUGCUUUGAACAUGCACCUGGGCUUCUUGGAAAAGCGCCAUGACUGGCAGGCGGCCUUGCAUGAACUUCGGUCGCUCAAUCCCGAGCUCGGCGGGACAGGAUUGAGGCCAGAGCUGAUCACAUACAACACAGCGAUCAGCGCAUGCAGCAAGGCAGCAAGGUGGGCCUGGGCCCUGGAACUCCUGGCUGCCAUGGUCUCAUCAGCUCUGAAGCCGGACGAGGUCACCACGGGCAGCCUCAUCACUGCUUGCUCCACUACAGGCCGGUGGCUCCUGGCCCUGCAACUUCUUGUGGCUUCAAACCAAAGCCCGCCCAAUCUGAUUGCAGUUCAUUCUGCCAUUACAGCUUGCGAAAAAGCGGGGCAAUGGAUGUGGUCACUGCACCUCUUCAGCGAUGCUGUGGCAAGCAGGCUGGCUCCAGAUAUCGGCCUGCUCGGUGCUGUUCUUUCCAGCUUCGAGAAAGCACAGCAGUGGACACGAUCCUUGCAGCUUCUGAGCCAGAUGAGCAGGGAGAGGACCCCUCCGGACGUCGCCCUCCUAACCUCCGCGAUCAGCGCCUCCGCGAAAGCCCACUGCUGGGAGACGACGCUGCUCCUCCUUUGCGAGGAGUGUGGGCAGGAUUGUGAAGGCCAUGAGAAUGAGAGCGCAUCAGCAGAGCAAGAACGCCUGGUGGGUGGCUUGAUCUUACGUGGCAACAAGUGUGUACUAAUCCGAUCCCUUUCUGGAGAGUGGGAGGGCAUGCGGCUGCCUUGGGGCGCAGCAAGCAUCGGCGAGUCAAGCACGCAAGCGGCCACUCACAUCGCUUCUGAGUUGUGCGAAAUCGAAGAGGAGGAGGUGACAGCCUUGGACAUUGCACCUGUGACUGUGGCCGUCCCUGGCAUGCCUAUCUUAUUGCAUGCGCUGUAUGCUGUUAGUCCCCCGCCUGCUUCUGCGGCCGAUGAUGACGCUGAAGACCCUGAGGAUAUUUAUGAUUGGUACACUUUCCCGCGGGCGAUGACCGUGCUGGCAAAGGAUCCUUAUGCUCGAGCUGCCCUUGCUACGAUGGCCUUGGCUCUGUCAGCUGGGGUGCUCGGAGGCUUGGUGCCCAAGAAGUGGGGUGGCGUCUUUGGUCAGGAAUGGGUGGAACCAGCUUUGAAACUGCUUCCAGGCCCAGGCUUGGAGCUCGGAGCAGAAGGCUCUGACAAUGUCGAGGACUCCGCGAGCAGCUCUCUGACACCAGGCACAGGAAGCCGCAAGCGCAAGAUGGACGACCAGAGUAAGCAAGAUGCUGACCCUGCAGAGUUGUGA